AUGAAGCGCAAGCCCUCCUCCCCGCUGCCUAGUCCGCGCCUGGCCAAGUGCAAGCCCAGGGUGCCGCCCGCAUGCCCGGACGUCGAGGUCGCCGAUCUCCUGCAGUCCAGGAACGUCAAACACAAGCCUGUGCGGCCGCUGUCGGCCACGCUGGGAGAGCAGCUGCGGAUCGGCUUCCAGUCGCUGUGGGAGUCGAAGGAGUUCGCCGACUGUCUGCUGGCCGUGGGCGAUGAGGAAGUUGCUGCCCAUCGUGUGGUGCUGGCAAGCUGGUCACCCGUGUUCAAGGCGCUCCUGUCACGCUGGACAGGGCCUGCGGAAGCUGACCCUGUCGCUGGCGUGCGUGUGCGCAUCGAGCUCAAUGGAGACGAUUUACCCUCCAACUUCAAAGAAGUGCUGCGAUUCAUGUACACAGGGGCAUGCGAGGUAUCUUCCUGGAAUGUGGUCCAGCUUCUGCGCCUCACCAACUUUUAUGAGAUCCUGCCUCUGAAGGAGAUCUGUGGAGAGUUCCUGUUUGAGCUGCUGUCCGAGACCGAGCUUGCACUCCUGAUGGGUGUGGCAGAGAAAUACGAUUGUGUGGGGCUGCGCAAGAUGCUUGUGGACCACCUGGCCCACAAUUUUGAGGCCCUGUUGGACACCGGGGCCCUGUGGGACCUCACUGUGGACACCUGGGAGGAAGUACUGUCACAGGACGUGCUGGCGGUCGAGAGUGAACGUGCUGUGUUGGCUGCUAUGAAGCUGUAUGCAAAGACCCAGCCUACUGAAGAAUUGAAGCGACAAACCCUGAACAGACUGCUGCCUUGUGUGCGACUGCCUCAGCUAGGACUGCACCUGGGCAUCGAUUCACUGAUCUCAGAAGUGGAAGGGGACUCUUUAAUCCGCGACCUGCCUCGCACAAGGGAUCUGCUGUACAACGCCUUCAGGCACCUCCUGCUGAACAACAAGCGGUCCUUGUCUGGAACAGCCUCACAGGUUGCACUCCCAUGUGGACUGAGCAGCAGCGUGGCGAGCACCAGCAGUGGCAACAGCAGCGAUGACAAGCGGAUGGUGGAGCUUAUGAAACUGCAGGCCCGGCCACGAGGCCGCCUGCCCGCCUUUGACCCCGACCGCUGUGCCGGAUUCGACCUGUCCUGCGGUCGCUGCACGGCCACUGUCCUAUCCACUGGAGGCAUCAGCAAUCAUGCCGUGGACCGCCAGCCGCACGUGCCCCCACCCCGUGCACCCACAGGCCUAUUGGCCCCUGAUGUCCUCCGCCAGUGGCACGGGGGUGCAAACAGGCGGGCAGCGGACUUGAGGGGCCAAGCGGGGGAAGGGGGAUCCGGGGACUGGAGCGUGGUGGGCGUGUGCCCAGGCGUUUGCCCGGGAGGAUGGUAUGCAGAGCUGCAGGUGGAGGAGUGCGAGUGCGGGCCUUCGCGGAAUGCGGACAUGGCUGUGUGGAUGGUGAGGCACCCCCGUCUGGUGCGUGGUGAGACCAGCGAAUCGGCAGAACUGGAGUUCGAUGGCGAGGGGGUGGUGUACAGCAGCGUCUUCUCAUCGGGCAACUUUCAGUUGGUGGGCGGGAUGAUACAGAAGAUCAGGCAGCAGCCCAUGAGAGCUGACAGGAACGGCGGACCGCUGGGAUCUGUGGGCGGGCCGCUGUACUGCGAGGGGAUAAGGCAGGGGGACAAGAUCGGCGUGUUUGUUCACUACGCUGUGGGCACCCCCCUGCGAACUGACCCGUUGGGGCAGGGACUGUGCUCGCCCGAGUUUGUCUCUGUGCGCUUCUUCAAGAAUGGCCGUAGGAUUGGCACCAAGACUGUGGUCACCAACUCCGCAGCCGACAGGGUGUCCACAACCUCCCAGCACGGCCGCCACCGCCCCCCCCAGCCUCCCUCCUGGGUCCUGCUCCUCUCCGCCAAGCACGCCGGCGACAGGGCCUCCCUCGUCCGCAAGCCUGUGCAGGGUCACUGCCACCUGGGCGCCGCAUCCCCUCCCCCUCGCGCCGGGCCGUCCCAGUGCUUCACUGACGAAGAGGAGGCGCCGGACGGCUUGAUCAACGCCGUGGGCGAGGGCUCCCCAGAGAUGGACGCCCAUGGGCUGGACGGCCUGGAGCAUGUGGGAAUGGGGUUUGAGUACUUUCGGCGUGGCAGGGGGCGGGUCAGGGGGUUGUUUGGGAGGCGCUUGCCAUGGAACAGGGACCUGAGCGAGUCGGAGGGGGAGGGUGCGGAGAGCGAGGGGCCGGCAGAUGAUGGGAUCGAGUAG